CAAAACAUCUCUUGCAUCCUCAUCAUGUUUUGUCGAACUUCAACCCCUUUGGUGGAACAAUUUAUAUAAACAAAUUCCCUUUCCCACUUCAACCCCACCAAGCUAAGGGAAAAAGGAGGGCUUGGUUUGGUUACUUGGAAUACAAGAAACAAAAUGAGUCUCAACUGUCUUUCCUGCAGCCAGGUUUUGCAAAGGACAGACUCAUUUCAAGAGUUAUUCCAAGAAGAAGAUUAUAGGGAAAGAAGCAAAAAGGUUGAGAGAACAUGGUCGGGGAAUAUGCCGCCUCCCAACAAAGAGAUGACCAAAGGCGGGGCUCUGGCCAAGAUUAAGGCCAAUCAUCGCCGCACUCAUAGCACGGGAAAUAUGCCUUUUUCAGGCAACGGACCGAAGUUGGUGAGGAGUAGUGGCAUGAGAAGAGAUUGGAGUUUUGAGAAUUUGGCUGACAUGCAACAAGACCAAAGAGUGACUUGCCAUUAAGGAAGAUAAAGAUAAUAUCAAUGAAUGUUAUUGUCACAUUGUUUUUUCUGAAUUGUGUGUAUACUUUGUUUGUGGUGGGAAUUAAUGUAAAGAUUGGGGAAGGGUGGGGAGUUAGAGUGGAAGUACAUUAUAAACAUGGCGUUUUAAGCGCUUGGUAGAUUCCAUAGCACUUUUUUUGUGCCAAUUGUAAUUUACAUCCCUUGCAACUUUUUGUUUUUCCCCUUCAGAUUCUUUGUAAUUCAUGGCUCAGCUCAUAAAUUUAAUUUAUUAUUUAUCUU